AACCGACUACCUUCCCUCCCGGAUGCCCCAAAACCCCAAGCCGGCCCACGAACAUGUAGCACAUACACUCCAAAAUGCCGUUCCGCUGCUCUGCGCGUAGACUGCAACUUCAAAGACUACCCACACCAUGCAACGCUUCGAGGACCGUGAGAGCACCAUGGCAGUGCCGAGGUGUGGCUUCGACUGCGAAUGCUGAGAAAGUUCUCUUCCCCGGAGCACUGAACAGCGAGUUCACAAAUACCCUUGAGUUCCUCCGCCCGUCCAAAUCGAAAGGCGCGAUAUCAACAUACCGCUGCCUGAACCAGUAUGGCGAGGUCAUAGACAAGAGCACUGGCGCAGACACCACAGAUGAAGAAGCCAUCGAGUUGUACAAGAACAUGGUCCAGUUGAGCAUAAUGGACCUCCUAAUGUUCGAAGCCCAGCGCCAAGGCCGUCUGUCCUUCUACAUGGUAUCCGCCGGCGAAGAAGGGAUCUCAAUUGGCUCAGCCAGCGCCCUACACCCCUCCGACGUGAUCUUCACGCAGUACCGCGAGUCCGGCGUGUACUUGCAGCGCGGCUUCACCCUCGCCCAAUUCAUGAACCAGCUCUUCGCCAACAGCUCUGACAACGGUCUGGGCCGGAACAUGCCCGUGCAUUACGGCUCCAAAGAACUGAACAUCCACACCAUAUCCUCCACACUGGCUACACAGAUCCCACACGCAGCAGGCGCGGCGUAUGCGCUUAAACUGCAGAACGCCGGCAUCGUGGGCCGCAUCGGCGCCCCUACUGCAGGAGAAGAGACAACGGAGAGAGUAGCGGUAUGUUUCUUCGGCGAAGGCGCCGCCUCAGAAGGCGAUUUCCACUCUGCGCUUAACAUCGCCGCAACCCGGCAAGUCCCUUGUAUUUUCAUAUGCCGGAACAACGGAUACGCUAUCUCCACCCCAACUUCCGACCAGUAUCGCGGCGAUGGCAUUGCGGCGAGGGGAGCCGGGUACGGCAUCGACACGCUGCGCGUUGACGGGAACGAUAUUUUUGCUGUUAGAAGGGCGGUCAAAGAGGCGAGGAAACUCGCGCUCGAAGACGGAGGACGACCGGUGCUGGUUGAGUGUAUGGCAUACCGCGUGGGCCACCACAGCACCUCGGACGACUCGUUCGCGUACCGCCAGCGCGUGGAGGUCGAGGACUGGAAGAGGCGCGAUAAUCCGAUCACACGGCUGCGGAAGUGGAUGGAGGGCCGGGGCGUGUGGGACGAGGAGAAGGAGAAGAAGCUCAGGAGUGGGACGAGGAAGGAGGUGCUGAGGGCGUUUGAGGAGGCGGAGAAGCAGAAGAAGCCGAAUAUCAAGCAUGCAUUUACGGAUGUGUGGGAGGAGAUCACGGAAGAGCAGAGAGCUCAUGUAAGCGAGAUGGCGGAUAUAUUGAAGAGGUACCCCAAGGAGUAUGAUCUUGAGGGGUAUGAGGGUGGUGCGCAGGGACUGGACGAGCUGUUGCAGAAGAGGUAGAGCAGAGUAAACUCAAUUCAAUAACAC